AUGAUUUCUAAUGAUGUUUAUCUUGAGGGCUCCGACGGCCGCGAGCUUUACAAGAGGGCUCCUCUCUCCUCCCCGCCGCUCUCAGGGCUGCGGGCGCGGCGCUGCCCGGCUCCGCGUUCCCUCCGUCGAAGGGCGCAGCGGCUGCGGGGCGGCUCGGGAGGGUCCCCCCGCGGGUCCCGGGACGAUGAGAGCGGAGCUCCCGGUGUUAGGCGGCUCCCGUCGGGGCUGCGGCAUCUCGGGGGUGACAGCGGUUCGAUCCCUUUUCAUUCCGUCUUACAACAACUAAACUGCGAGCGGACCGAAACGCGGCUCCACCGCUCCCGGUUCGAUCUCAAACCGUUCGGGGAAAGCUUUGCCGGGCGGCAAAGGGGUGAAAUUCGGAGCAAACAGUGGAGAGCUGUGAGUCGGGAAAACAAAUCCGUAACUUUUUACCGUCUGCCGGGUGCGGGGCACGGAGCGGCCUCGGGCGGCGCGUUGGGUGCACCUCUGUGCUCCUCAUCCAAUGCCUUAGAGAGAUUUAAGGUGAAUGUGGACGGGGUAACGCGGCUGUGCCCUACGGGGGUGGUGGUGGUGAUUCGGGAAUCGGGCUGUGCUGCGCACUGCAGUCCUUUGCUCCGGGAUCUGAUCCGUACUGCACCAGCUCAGGACCUUUGGCCAGAAAGGAUGAAGUGUAAGUCAACAAGUUCACUCUGCUGUGCUGGCUCUCAAGGUAAUGAGAAACAAAUCUCCUACAGAUUCAUUCCAAUAUGUGACUUGAUGCUCUAGCAAUUUUGCCUUGGCCAUCUUUCUUCUUUCUUUUUAAGAGAGGCUGUUUCCAUUCCUGGCUUCAACUGCUCUUAAAGUGUUCAAUUUUAUUUUUAGCCAGAGUUAAGGGAGUUGUUCUGGAUUUCAGCGAAAGAACCAAAUUAACUAAAUUUUACCUGACUUCCCCUCCAAACCCACUGUAUUUUUUUUUCUUUUCCUUGUAGUUGCUUUUUUUUUUUUCCUUUUCCUUUCUGUUAGUGUACAUGCAGGACCAUUUAUCCUGCUUUUAUUUCUUCUGGUAUGUCUCAUGGACCAACCAGGUUUGUUUACUGUUUUCUAGAUUCUCCUUAAUUUUCCUUCAGGUUGCCCAGAGGGAUGGUGGAAGCCCUAUUCCUGGAGACAUCCAAGGUCAGGCUGGAUGGGGUUCUAAGCACCUGAUGGAGCUGUGCACGUCCCUGCUCAUUGAAGGGGGGUUGGACCAGAUGGCCUUUAAGUGUCCCUUUCAACUCUAAGGAUUCUAUGAUUCUAUAAUUAAUUCCAAAAAUACUACAGGUUACUUUGAUUUCACUUGCAAUAUAUUUUGUUUCCACACAUGCCCUGUUUUUUUUCCAUAAAUGCUUGUCUAUAUAUUUAUAUACAUGUAUUCAUAUAUGUAUUAUGUCAUAUGUAAAGAUACUUCGGUAUUUAGAUGAUAACUCUGGACUGCCUCAUUUGUAAUCAGCACUCUA